AAACCUCAAGCGAUAUUACCUCGAUUUUCAUCCACAGCUAUAGAUAUAGAAACAAAAGUUAACCAGCCUCUAGAAGAAAUACAAAAUAAUGAGCCGGAUAAACUUUAUAAAAUAUUAGAAUUAGAAAUUAAAGGCAAUGAUCCUGCUGUACUUAAGAGUUUUUGCCAGUUUGUUAGUACAGCCGGCAAUCACUUGGGUGUCAAAUCAAAAACAUGGGCUCAAUUCAAACCAUUACAUGAUAGAUUGACAUUACUCAAGUCAGUUCAUAUUUAUAAAAAACAUAGGGUGCAAUAUGAAUUCAGAACAUACUUUAGGUUUGUACAAUUCAAACAAUUGACUGGAUCAACUGCAGAUACAUUAUUAGAAUAUAUCCAAAGGAAUUUACCAGAAGGUGUAGCCCUCAAAUCAACAAAGGUAGAAUUGCAUAGUCUUCCCGAUCACCUUAACUCACCUGCCGGCAAAUGUGUUAAUUAAUUAGUACAUGUAAUUAGAAGUAUAUAUUAAAUAUGUCCUAUUUCUAGUUGAAAAUAAAACAAUGAAGAAACUUA